UGACACUAAUGACAUUACUAUUAUGAAUUCGAGUUAUUGUUAUCGAAAAAUUCUUGAAAUGUAUAUUUUGAUUUAAAGUGAUGACUAAAAAUAAUUGAUAAUUAAACAGUUAUCCGCUUAAAUGGCUUUCCCUAAGAUAGACGGUUAUGUGGUGACGGAAAAACUGGGUACAGGCAGCUAUGCUACUGUUUACAAAGCUUACACAAAGGUGGGUGCCCGAACAGUGGUAGCGAUAAAAUGCGUGGACAAAUCCAGAGUGAAAUAUUCCGGUACUGCAGUGGACAACCUGAUCACCGAAAUACGUUUAUUGAAGAAACUGACCCAUCCGCACAUAGUCCAUAUGAAGAAUUUUACAUGGGAUGAUAAAAAUAUAUACAUUAUAAUGGAAUACUGUUGCGGAGGUGACCUCUCUAAGUAUAUACAGAGGUACGGCAGGGUCGCUGAAAAGCAGGUACGCUACUUCCUACAGCAAUUGGCUUCAGCACUUAAAUUCUUAAGAGAAAAAGGAGUCGUCCACAUGGAUCUGAAGCCCCACAACUUACUUCUUCACAAGGGAUCCGACGGCAAAUACAUGCUGAAAGUGGCAGAUUUUGGAUUCGCGCAGCAUAUGACGGAUGCAGUGCAGCGCUCGGUCCGAGGGUCCCCGCUGUACAUGGCACCAGAGAUGCUGACCGGUGAAUAUGAUGCAAGGGUUGACCUGUGGAGCGUCGGUGUAAUAAUGUACGAGUGCCUCUUCGGCCGUGCUCCCUACUCCUCUGUCUCCAUGAAGGAGCUGGUCGACAAGAUUCAACGCCAAGCACCCAUAGAGCUCCCCCCAAACGCGUCUAUAUCCCCUGGAUGUAGGGAACUGCUCUUCGGCCUGCUGCAGCACGACCCCGCCAAGCGGAUCACGUACGAGGAGUUCUUCAGCAACGAGUACUUGGACCUAGAGCAUAUGCCGUCUAAAGAGAAUUAUGAAAAGGCGGUUAACUUAAUAAAGAGAGCGAUUGAAUUGGACAGUGCUGGGGAUUAUAGUGGCGCUUUUGAACGGUAUAAGCAGAGCUUGGUGUAUUUGGUUCCUUGCGUGUCUUGUGAGCCAGACACUUUACGACGGGCCGCGCUAGCUGGGAAGCUUUCUAGAUACAUGCAACGCGCUGAAGAGAUCAAACUGUAUUUGUCUACUGGUGUUUGGUACCGCCCCACUGGGUCGGAGACACACAGCGUCAACUGCUGCGGUACUGGUACAGCGGAAUCUCCCGCAGUGUGUAUUAACACAGAAACGAAUGGAGAAGCCACUGCACGGGGGACUACGGAGGAACCGGAGGGAAAUGCGGGGAACAAUGUGGCGCCACAAGCUCAAGGGUCUCCAUCGAAACCUCGCUUCGGUUUCAAGAAAUUAUUCGGACGACAACCUCCGUACCUUGAUCCUAAGGACUCAAGUAUGACGGAUGAAAAAGGCGAUGAAAAACCUAAGCAAUGCAAUACUACAGAUCAAGAAGGAUGUCGUAUAACGUGAAGAAAUUAC